AAAUAAAAAAAGAGCGCCCAUUUCUCGGUUGGUUCGCGAAGCUUCCGCGCGGCCCCGAAAGAUUUUGAACUCGAGCAGAGCUCUCGGCGAGGGUUUGGGCGGCGGAGGGAGGCGGGCAUGGCCGGGAAGAAGCAAGCGGCAGUGAGCGCCGCGCCUUCCGAGGGCGAGGAGGGCGCCGUCGUCCCCAGCUCCACUGCCAAGCGCGGAGCCGGCAGACCUAAGAAGGACCCCGUCCCCGCCGCCGCCAGCCCCGGCUCCGCUGCCAAGCGCGGGCCUGGGAAGCCUAAGAAGGAUCCCGUCCCCGCCGCCGCUGCCAAGCGCGGGUCCGGGAGGCCUAAGAAGGGCGCCGCCCCCGCCGAGUCCGGCGAGGGCUCUGCUCCGGAGCCCGGGAAGAGCGAGAUGGGGGAGGGGGAGAAGGGGGCGACCCCGAAGAAGCAGGGGAAGGGGGAGAAGGAGAAGGCGGCGACCCCGAAGAAGAAGAAGGAGAAGGGGGAUAAGCCGGCGAACCUGGAGAAGAAGAAGAAGGGGGACGCGGCGGCGACCCCAAAGAAGAAGGAGAAGAAGGGCGGCGAGGCGGCGGAGCCCGGAUCCGGAUCUGGGAAGCAGGAGCCGUCAGGCGAAGCGGGGAAGCCCAAGCCCACGCCCAAGAAGACGAAGCAGCAGGCGUCAGACGGGGCGGCCAAGGAGACUCCCAGCAAGAGGAAGCGCGAUGACGCCGGGGAACCCCAACCCCAGAAGGCGGCCAAGAAAGCUGACAAGGCCACGCCCACCAAGAAGAAGCAGGCCUCCUCCGGCGGCGCUGAGAAGGCCACCACGCCCAGCAAGACACCCCAGAAGGAGGCAAAGAGCGCCAAGAAAAGCCCCGGCAAAGCGGAGAAGGCCACGCCCACCAAGAAGCAGCAGGCCUCCGGCGGGGCGGAGAAGGCCACGCCGAGCAAGAGGAAGCACGGCGAUCUGGAAUCCCCAAAUGCGGCGAAGAGCGGGCAGAAUGGCUCUUCGCCUGCGAAGAAGCAGAAGGGCAAGGCGGCAGGGGCGACGCCGGUGGCCGCCGAGCCGGGCACCUGCAGCUUCCCGAUGGCGCGGGUGCGGCUGCUGAUGCGGGACAAGGACGCCACCAUCCGAUCUAACAAUGAGGCCGUCUUCCUCGUCAACAAGGCCUCGGAGUUAUUCUUGGAAGUAUUUGCGAAGGAUGCUCAUCAGAAUGCCCUGAAGGAACGUAAAAAGUCAAUUACCUACGAGAACCUUUCAUCGGCGGUGUGCAACGAGAAACGGUACAAGUUUCUAUCAGAUUUCGUGCCGCUGAGGGUGACGGCCGGGGAUGCGCUCAAGGCUGUGGCGAAGGAGCCAUAGAAUGGACAGACAAGGUGGUGGGUGUGGUGCAUGUCAUGCCAGUACUUGUGCUGUGCUAGCUAGCCUGUGUAGCGUAGGGAGGGAGAAGGAAGGACGUGAUCCGAGGGUCGAGCUGUUUGUACUAGUAUGUUCUUCUGUCUGUCUGUACUAGGCAAGGAUAGGUUGAGUAACAAACAGAGUAAGACCUGUGCCUGUGCCUGCGCCUGUGGGUAACUAUGUCAUGAGAGGUGUCUUGCGGGACAAGACUUGAUUUGGUUUGAUUA